CCAUAUCCAAAGUAAGAUUUCGCAUUGUCCAAUAGUAUAUACAGAUAAUUUUCUUUUUCGUGUUAAUUAAUUUACAGAUGCACAAAAAAAAACCUAAAGUAGUAAAAUAUAAUUCUACAAGAAAAACAUUAAAACAACUAACAAAUAGAGUUAAACAAGUCAAUUCAAAUGCACCGACAACAGUGGCAACAACAAUCUCAAAAGGAUCAAAAUUACUUGAUCAAUAUGAUACUAAUAAACAACCUAACUACAAGUGUAAUUCUGAAUUAAGUGAUUCAUUAGCUAAAAAACUUUAUUUAUCCGUUAGUACAAAAUUACCAGCAAAGAAAUUAAAUUAUCAAGCAAUAUUUUCUAAAUGGUCAUUAGAUCCACUUAAUUUAUCAUCAGUUGAAAAAGGAACCACUAGUAAAUUGGAAAAUUAUCCUAAUAAUAACAAUAUUGGUAAAUUAAAACAAAAAAGAUUCAAUUUCGCAUAUAAAUAUCAUAGAAUACCAAAAACAGCCAAUGAAUUUCAGCAUUCAGAUAAUAUAGAUAGCUAUAUUAUUAAUUAUCGUAAAGUAAAAAUUUUGAAACAUUUGAGUAGUGCAAACAAACAGAAUGACUUUGUUACAGAUGAUGGAAUUGAUUCAGAAAAGAGAAAAUUAGUUAUUAAUUUAUCCUGAUUAUUAUUCUUGUUUUUGUAAUUGUAAAUGAUGGCGCAGACACUUCAAUCGACCUCACUGUCCUUUCUAUGCUAAAAAGUUCAAAGCUUGGAAAUUGAGAACCUAACUGAGAUGUGGACAGUACUCAUCAAUUUCCAAAAAUCAGUUAAAUUCAGUUAGCUAGUGAGUGAAAAUAACGACUUUGUAACACCAAGCGUAUAUAUAAAAUUUCUUCAAACUGCUUUCACUGAUCUUCUGCUUGAAAAGCAUGCAAAUUUUGCAUCUUCAAAAGCAGAUCUUAUCAAAUAAAUUAAAAAAACGUUAAGCAUACUUACCGUUAUUGUUCUCAACUGGUUUGUACUAAACCAAG